AUGAAGGCGCCGCCCACGAGUGCACGAGGAAAGGCCACCAAAAUCCCCAAUACUACCCCCAGGAGUGUACCCAAUGGAGCUCCAUCAGCCCCUCAAGUCUCCGCUUACGGAAUCAUGGCGAGCCGUCUUGCGAAUAGAGUCGCCGAGAUAGCCGAAAACAUGACUUUCGUAGAAAAGCCAAGGCAUUUGUAUAGCGCCCCUCCGCAAUCCCUCCCGGCCCCGGAGAAGAAACGACCACGAAAGUUGGAGAUUCGACUUCAGAACACCGGACCGGAUGGCGUUUCAUUUUCAGCGCCUUUCCUCGACAAUACUCUCAAAAAGAUGCUGUCACUGCAAGAGAAUAUGUUGAAGCUGGGUGCUGAGCUGGCCAGUGAAGAUGUACCGGAAAGCAUCAGGAAAGACCAAUUUCAACAGGCCUCAGAGAUGAGCAGAAUUAUAGCCCUGAUCUGUGCAGAGAAGGCUAGGCAAGGUGCUUGA